UGAAACCAAACCUGUUGAAAGCCGUGGCCCAGCCGCAACCUGUUGCAUUCAAGCCGAACGAUUGCAGCCACCCACAGCUCCACCAUUCCCCAAGCCAGCAGCAAAACGGGAAAAGUGCCCGCGCCAACCGUCGCCGUCGUCGUCGUCGCAACAAGCAGCAACAAAAUUCGCAGCAACCUGACGCCUUUCAGGAGCCAGACGCGCAGCUAACACCGAGCACCUCCUCCUCCACCCCGCACUCUGCACCCGACGACAGCCACGGCAUCCACCUGAACACCCAUUCCCACACCAAAUCCCACAAGAUGCCCGCCCGAUUUGCCGAGGAAGUGAUCACCGCGGAGCCCGCGCAGCGUGCCGCCCCCCAAUUGGACCUGGGUGGUGGUGGCUAUGCGCCGCGCCCGCAGCAGCACCUCAACGAUGAGAUCGCCAUCACCGGAUUCUCCGGCCGUCUGCCGGAGAGCUCUAGCAUUGAGGAGUUCAAGCAGAACCUCUUCAACGGCGUCGACAUGGUCAACGAUGAUCCCAGGCGCUGGGAGAAGGGUCUCUACGGACUGCCCGACAGGAUUGGCAAGCUGAAGGAGAGCGAUCUGGAGAACUUUGACCAGCAAUUCUUUGGCGUUCAUCAGAAGCAGGCGGAGUGCAUGGAUCCGCUGCUGCGUAUGCUUCUCGAGCUGACCCACGAGGCUAUUAUUGAUGCUGGCCUGAAUCCCAGCGAUCUGCGAGGAUCGCGCACUGGAGUCUACAUCGGAGUGUCCACCUCGGAAACCGAGCAGCACUGGUGCAGCGACCCGGACCGUGUGAACGGCUAUGGUUUGACGGGCUGCGCCCGUGCCAUGUUCGCUAAUCGCAUCUCGUUCACCUUCGACUUCAAGGGACCCAGCUACAGCAUCGACACCGCUUGCUCCAGCUCCUUGUAUGCCCUGGAGCAGGCCUUCUCCGACAUGCGCCAGGGAAAGAUCGACAAUGCGUUGGUCGCUGGCGCUGGUUUGAUUCUGAAGCCCACCAUGUCCCUGCAGUUCAAGAGGCUGAACAUGUUGAGCCAGGACGGCAGCUGCAAGGCCUUCGAUGAGUCCGGCAACGGAUACGUACGCUCCGACGGCUGUGUGGUUUUGCUCCUGCAGCGCACCUCCGCCGCCAGGCGUGUGUACGCCUCAAUCCUUAAUGUGCGCACCAACACGGACGGCUUCAAGGAGCAGGGCAUCACUUAUCCCAUUGGCAAGAUGCAGAACCGCCUGAUCCGAGAGACAUACGAGGAGAUCGGCCUGAAUCCCAACGAAGUGGUGUACGUGGAGGCCCACGGCACUGGCACCAAGGUGGGCGAUCCCCAGGAGGUCAACUCCAUCACUGAUUUCUUCUGCAAGAACCGCUCCAGCCCCCUGCUGAUUGGUUCGGUUAAGUCCAACAUGGGACACUCGGAACCCGCCUCCGGCGUCUGCUCGGUGGCCAAGAUCCUGAUUGCCAUGGAGGAGGGCGUUAUUCCCGGUAAUCUGCACUACAACAAACCGAAUCCGGAUCUGUACGGUUUGGUUGACGGACGCCUCAAGGUGGUGGACAAAAAUUUGCCCUGGAACGGUGGCAUCAUUGGCCUGAACUCCUUCGGUUUUGGUGGCGCCAACGCCCACGUGAUCCUCAAGUCAAACCCCAAGCCCAAGGCUCUGACGCCCAAGGAUGGAGCACCCAAAGUGGUGUUGGCCUCCGGUCGCACCUUUGAGGCUGUGGAGCAGCUGCUGGAGUCUGCUGCCAACCACGCAGACGACGAUGAGUACCUGCAGCUGAUCAACGACAUCCACUCGAAGCCCAUUCCGAUGCACUACUUCCGCGGCUACGGAGUGGUCAGCAGCAAGGGCACCCUCCAGCGCGAGGUGCUGGAGUACUCCGAUGAGAAGCGCCCCAUCUGGUACGUCUACUCUGGCAUGGGUAGCCAGUGGGCCAGCAUGGCCAAGGAUCUGAUGAAGAUCGAGGCGUUCGCCAAUAGUAUCCAGCGUUGCGCUGAUGUCCUGAAGCCGGAGGGAGUCGAUCUCAUCGACGUGCUCACCCGUUCCACGGACAAGAGCUUCGAGAACAUCCUCAACUCGUUCAUCUCGAUCGCUGCCAUGCAGGUGGCUCUGACGGAUCUUCUCAGCUCGCUGGGCAUCCAUCCCGAUGGCAUUGUGGGUCACUCCGUGGGCGAGCUGGGAUGCGCUUACGCCGACGGCUGCUUCACCCCGGAGCAGACUGUGUUGGCCGCCUACUGGCGUGGCAAGAGCAUCCUGGACACGCAGCUGGCCAAGGGCAAGAUGGCCGCCGUGGGACUGAGCUGGGAGGAUGCGCACAGCCGCGUGCCCAGCGACUGCUUCCCCGUGUGCCACAACAGCGAGGAUAACUGCACCAUCUCCGGCCCAGAGGCCUCGAUCGAGGCUUUGGUCACCAAGCUGAAUGCCGAGGGUGUCUUUGCCAAGGCCGUGAACUCGUCGGGCUACGCCUUCCACAGCAAGUACAUCGCCGAGGCGGGACCCAAGCUACGUAAGAGCCUGGAGAAGAUUAUCCCGAAUGCCAAGAACCGUACCGCCCGGUGGAUCAGCACCAGCAUCCCGGAGUCCGCCUGGAAUACGCCGGUGGCCAAGCAGUCAUCGGCUGCCUAUCAUGUCAACAAUCUGCUGUCGCCGGUGCUCUUCCACGAGGCCCUCCAGCACGUGCCCAAGAACGCCAUUUCCGUGGAAAUCGCUCCUCACGGUCUGCUGCAGGCGAUCCUCAAGCGCGCCCUUGGACCGGAUGCGACAAAUCUGAGCCUAGUCAAGCGCGGCCACGAGAACAACGUUGAGUUUUUCCUGACCAACGUGGGCAAGCUCUUCGCCGCCGGCGCCCAGCCGCAGGUCCUGAACCUGGUUCGUCCUACUACCUAUCCAGUGGGUCGUGGAACCCCCAUGUUGAACUCCAAGGUGGGCUGGGACCACAGCCAGAAGUGGCUGGUGGCCAAGUUCGGCAAGGAGACAUCGUCCGGCGAGACCAUCGUCGAGGUUGAUCUUUCCAAGGAGGAUGACGCCUUCUUGGCGGGACACACCAUUGACGGCAGGAUCCUUUUCCCCGCCACUGGCUACAUGACGCUCGCUUGGCAGACCUAUGCCAAGAUGCGCGGCGGUGAGUUCCACAAGACGCCCGUGGUGAUGGAGAACCUUGUGUUCCACCGCGCCACCAUUCUUAACAAGAACGCCGUUGUCAAGUUCGGCAUUAACUUCUUCGAUGGAACCGGUGCCUUUGAGAUCUGCGAGAGCGGCAGCCUAGCCGUUUCCGGAAGAAUUACCACACCCGAGUCCAUUGAGAACGAGGAGCUGCCCCUGGAGCCACAAACUGCCAGCACUGCGGCCAAGGAGCUGGCCACCAACGAUGUCUACAAGGAGCUACGUCUGCGUGGCUACGACUAUGCCGGAAUCUUCCGCGGCAUCGUUCGCUCUGACACGGUGGCUUCGGCCGGCAAGCUGCAGUGGGUGGACAACUGGAUCAGCUUCAUGGACACCAUGCUGCAGUUCAGCAUCCUGAGCAAGAACCUGCGGGAGCUGUACCUGCCCACGCGUAUCGAGAAGGCGGUGAUCAAUCCCGCCAAGCACUUGGAGCUGCUCAGUGCUCUCAGCAAGGAGCAGCAGCUAGAGACUGGACUGCCGGUUCACUGGUACAGCGACAUAAACGUGAUCAAGAGCGGUGGCGUGGAGCUGCGUGGCCUAAAGGCCAACCUCGCCCAGCGUCGUCCCGGCACCCAGGCACCUCCUACCUUGGAGCGCUACCAGUUUGUGCCGAACAUCAACACCACCGACCUGAAUGAGAACUCGGAGAAGGCUCGCCUGCAGGCCCUGGAUGUGGCCAUUCAACUGAUCAUCGAAAACUCCAGCGGAGCCGUGAAGCUAAAGGGCGUGGAGCUGGCCAAUGGACGUAAUCCCGAUGUGCUGCUCGCCAACCGCCUGCUGCAGAUUAUCGAGGGUGAGCCCGUGCUCACCGGCGAUGUGGCUGUCGCUACUUCGAACAACAAUGAGGAGACAAUCACCGCCGCUCUCGGGGAUUCCGGUGUGCGCGUCGUGAGCAAGGAUGUGCUGAAGGAGCCGGUAGAGCAGAACUGUCACUUCGUCUUCGGCAUCGAUGUCCUGUCCCGUCCGGACACCAAGACCUUGGAGAACUCCAUUGCCAGCAUCCGCGAGAACGGUUUCCUGAUCUUUGAGGAGACGGUGGCCACCUACACCAAGACUGGUCGCGCCCUCUUGGCCAAGUUUGGCUUCGUUGCCAUUCAGGAGCAGAGUCUGGGUGCCACCCGCGUCCUGGUGCUUGCUCGCAAAGCUGUGGACCUGAAGACGCGUAAAUCCGUGGUGGUUGUAGCCACUGAACAGAACUUCAACUGGGUGGAUGAACUUAAGGCCGCUCUGGCCACUGCCACUACCGAGGAGCAGUACGUCUAUGUUGUGUGCCAGGGAGAGGAGCUUUUCGGUGCCGUCGGUCUGAUGACCUGCAUCAAGAACGAGAAUGGCGGCAAGCUGGCACGCCUCGUUUUCGUGCAGGACGCCAAGGCGGAGAAGUUCUCGCUGACAUCGGCCACCUAUCGCCCUCAGCUGGAGAAGGACCUCAUCUCGAAUGUGCUGAAGCACGGUGCCUGGGGCACCUUCCGCCAUCUGAAACUGGAGACCCAGCAGGCCACCCUGCAGGUGGAGCACGCCUACGUCAAUGCUCUGGUCAAGGGCGAUCUGGCCUCGCUCAAGUGGAUCGAGGCUGCCCAGACCGAUACCGGCGUCACCACCGACAAGAAUCUGGAGACCUGCACCGUUUACUAUGCGCCCAUCAACUUCCGCGAUGUGAUGCUGACCUCGGGCAAACUGGCCGCCGACGCCCUGCCCGGGGAUCUGGCCGAGCAGGAUUGUGUGCUGGGUCUGGAGUUUGCCGGACGCGACUCCCAGGGCCGUCGUGUGAUGGCCAUGGUGCCGGCCAAGUCCCUGGCCACCACCUGUGUUGCCAGCAAGCGCAUGAUGUGGCAGAUCCCCGAGAAGUGGACCAUGGAGGAGGCAUCCACGGUUCCCUGUGUGUACUCCACCGUCUACUACGCCCUUGUUGUGCGCGGACAGAUGAAGAAGGGUGAGAAGAUCCUUAUUCACGCCGGCUCCGGCGGAGUGGGUCAGGCAGCCAUCUCGGUGGCUCUGUCCCAUGGACUGACCGUCUUCACCACCGUCGGAAGCAAGGAGAAGCGCGAGUUCCUGCUGAAGCGAUUCCCCAAGCUGCAGGCCCGUAACAUUGGCAACUCCCGCGACACCUCCUUUGAGCAGCUGGUGAUGCGCGAGACCAAGGGUCGCGGUGUGGAUCUGGUGCUCAACUCACUGUCGGAGGAGAAGCUACAGGCCUCGAUCCGCUGCUUGGGUCUGAAUGGACGCUUCCUGGAGAUCGGCAAGUACGAUUUGAGCAACAACAGCCCGCUGGGCAUGUCUGUGUUCCUCAAGAACACCUCCUUCCAUGGCAUCCUGCUCGACAGUGUGAUGGAGGGCGAGGAGGAGAUGCAAAACCAGGUGGUCAACCUGGUGGCCGAGGGCAUCAAGAGCGGAGCCGUUGUGCCCCUACCCACCUCAGUGUUCAAUGACCAGCAGGUGGAGCAGGCCUUCCGCUUCAUGGCCUCCGGCAAGCACAUCGGCAAGGUGGUGAUCAAGGUGCGCGACGAGGAGGCCAGCAAGAGUGCAGUCCAGCCCAAGGCGCGCCUGAUCAACGCCAUUCCCCGCACCUACAUGCACCCGGAGAAGAGCUACAUCUUGGUCGGAGGUCUCGGCGGCUUCGGCUUGGAGCUGACCAACUGGCUGGUGACUCGCGGAGCCCGCCACAUUGUGCUAACCUCGCGCUCCGGCGUGAAGACCGGCUACCAGGGUCUGAUGAUCCGCCGCUGGCAGGAGCGUGGCGUCAAGGUGGUGAUCGAUACCAGCGAUGUGACCACCGCCGCGGGAGCCAAGAAGCUGCUGGAGAACAGCAACAAGCUGGCCCUGGUCGGAGGCAUCUUCAACCUGGCCGCUGUGCUGCGCGACGCUUUGAUUGAGGAUCAGACCGCCAAGGACUUCAAGACGGUGGCGGAUCCGAAGGUGACGGCCACCAAGUUCCUGGAUCAGUACUCGCGCACCAUCUGCACGGAGCUGGACUACUUCAUCUGCUUCUCGAGCGUGUCCUGCGGUCGUGGCAACAUUGGCCAGACCAACUACGGACUUGCCAACUCCGCCAUGGAGCGCAUCUGUGAGCAGCGCCAGGUGAGCGGAUUCCCGGGCACGGCCAUCCAGUGGGGAGCCAUCGGAGACACGGGUCUGGUGCUGGAGAAUCUCGGCGACAACGACACCGUGAUUGGAGGCACUCUGCCCCAGAGGAUGCCGUCCUGCCUGCAGACCAUCGACCUCUUCCUGCAGCAGCCGCACCCAGUGGUUGCCUCCAUGGUGGUGGCCGAGAAGCGCAAGUCGGACCAGUCGGCGGGUGUCAGCCUGAUUGCCACCAUUGCCAACAUUCUGGGCCUGCGGGACACCAAGAACAUCCAGGAUGCUGCAUCGCUGGCUGACCUCGGCAUGGACUCCCUGAUGAGCGCCGAGAUUAAACAGACGCUGGAACGCAACUUUGACAUUGUCUUGUCUGCCCAGGAGAUCCGCCAGCUUACCUUCGGAGCCCUGAAGGCGAUGGAUGGUGGAGCGGAAACCAAGCCUGCCGCCGCUGCUGCAGCAGCUCCUGCCGCUGCUCCUGCUGGAGCUAAGCCGGUCGAGGUGAACAUCACCCCGGGUGCGUCAUCACGCACGGCCAGUCCGCUGGGUGAUGGCACCCAGGUCGUCUUCACCACCGCCCUCAUACCCACCGAGGCCAUCGUCCGCCUGCAAACCAAGGCGCCGGCGACCAGCAAACAGAGCCCCAUCUUCUUCAUUUCCCCGAUCGAAGGAUUUGCCUCCGCUUUGGAGCCGCUGGCCAGGCGAUUGGAGGUGCCCGCCUAUGGUCUUCAGUUCACGGACGCCGUGCCCUAUGACUCCGUCGACUCUGCCGCCAGGUUCUUCAUCAAGCAACUGCGCACCGUCCAGCCCAAAGGUCCCUACAAGCUGGCUGGCUACUCCUUCGGCUGUCUGCUCACUUACGUGAUGGCCGCCAUUCUGGAGGAGAGCAACGAGGUCGCCAAUGUGAUCAUGUUGGACGGAGCACCCACCUAUGUCAACUGGUACACGAGCAGCUUCAAGCAGCGCUACACGGCCGACGAUGAUAACAACAACCAGAGCUACGGCCUUGCCUACUUUGGCAUCGUUCUGGCCAACAUCGACUACAAAGCGCUGGUGCGACUGCUAUUGGUGAUCCCCACGUGGGAGGAGAAGCUCGAGAGGUUCGCUGAGCUGAUGAGCAAUGAGAUCACACAGCCCGUGGAGACGAUCAAGAAGUCCGCCAAGCUGUUCUACAAGAAACUGGAGCUGGCCGACGGCUACAAGCCCACGCUGAAGCUUAAGUCCAACGUGACCCUGGUCAAGCCCACAGAUAACUCUGCCAAGCUGGACGAGGACUAUCGUCUCAAGGAGGUCUGCACAAAGCCCGUGGAAGUUCACACCGUUGAGGGCAACCAUCGCACAUUCCUCAUCGAGGAUCAGUCCCUGAAGACCAUCCAGAGCAUACUGAAGCGUCUGUUCAACUAGACUAAGGCCAAGGCAGAGGAGGAUUUAGCAUAAGAAUUGUGGAUGUGGCCCAGUGCAGCACUCACGCUCCCUAAUCACCGCACAUUGCAUCCAAUACUCGAGCGCACACAUCGACAACUAGUUAGCAUAUUUAGUGAAAGAAUUUACGUUGUUGAGCCGCAAGGAAUAGCUCUACCCCCAUCCCAGUUACGCGCAGCCAAACUGCUGUCUUGCAGCGCCUGUGGACUGUGGUCCAAAUUAAGUCUACAGUCGCUGCGAUUCCGGGCAGUUGAGUGGCCGAUGCUGGAUCGCACUUAACGCUUCGUGUGCACCGCAGAGAAGAGUUCAGUAAUCCCGACAUUCCUUGAAAGCUACAGACGGCCCUAGACGUCCCAACUUACCAAAAAUAUAUCUUAUAUGCUCUUAUCUGUAACGUAUGUGUAUACUUGUCGCAUAUUCUAGUUUAGUUACGUAGUCUGUAAGCCAAAACAGUUUGUAAUGAAUUUCAUUCCUCGAAACAGCACACAAAAUUUGUUAUCUCUUGAUGUAUAAAAUAAUCGCCCAAGAACGAUCACUCAUGAAUAUUGUGGAUAUUAAAAUUACACCAUUCUAUUGUAUACUGGAUAAAA